UCAGUCUCACAAUGAAUUGGGAAAGAAUUGCACGGAGGACGCUACUCUUUACAUCCCUGGCCGUGACUUCUGUUCUCCUGGGCACCUCUCACGUUCAAGGCAGUGACAAUGUGGAGAAAUUAACCCACUGCCGAGAUAAUGUUGAGAGAUCAUCAGAGAAUAGAUUACUCUUCGUAACGACAUUGGACGGACGCCUAUCGGCUCUUGACGUGGAUGGUGUGGUGAAAUGGAGUGUUCCAACUGGUCCAGGUUCCCUCCUAUCCUCCAGCAUCCACAGCCUUGAGCUGACGAACAACGGCCGAAUGGUGCGAAUGAUACCAUCUCUCAGUGGCAGCCUCUAUCAAUUCGAUGGUCAAACCAUUGAAGCCAUUCCCAUCACAGCUGAUCAACUCCUCACAGCAUCCUUCAAAUUCUCCAACGAUGUCGUCAUUUCCGGUGGCAAGGAAACCCGCUCCUAUGGGAUUUCCAUGAGAACUGGUCAGGUCAUCUAUGAAUGUUCCAUCGGAGGCUGCCAAAAUCGCACGGAUGCCAUCGAUGAGGGAACCACUGAGGUGCAUGACCCCCUUCUCGAUGAUGUCAUCAUCCUCCGGCGUCAAACACAAACCGUACGAGCUGUUGAUCCUCGUUCCGGCGGCGAACGAUGGAAUUUUAGUGUUGGCCACCAUGAGAUGGACAUUGCACGCAGUGAAAAUUGCCACCUGGACCCUGAGGCUGUGGCUGAUCUCAACUACGAGAUAAAAUUAAUUGUACCAGAGGGACUUGUCUGCGCCAUCAGCAAAUCAUCCCCAAACACCAUUCUCUGGAAGCAUAAAUUUGAUUAUCCCAUUGUAAGCGCCUGGCAGUCUGAUGGUACUGAAAAUCUUCAGACAAUAAAUCUCUUUGACUCAGCCCAGUCCCUAUGGGAUGGCAAUGAAGCAUUCCCCAAUCCCUCCCGGGAUACCAUUCCACCAUCUGUAUAUUUAGGGAUGUUCAGGAAACAAGUCUACAUCCAGGAAUCUGAAGCCAUGAGAAAAUCCCUUCAGCCACCUUUUGCCUUUGGGGACAAGCAGGUGGCGAAGUAUACGAAAAUCCCCUGGAAACCCUAUCCAGCAGCAUCAUCGGCAUGGAAACUUAUUCAAUAUGACACAGAGACAGUUUCUGGGAGUGAUGAGGAGUCAGCAGAAAGCAAAGGAACUGCCCUUUCUGUCCUCUAUGCUUCGGAAUUUGUGAAUGGAAAUGGCUUUUAUCUGUAUCCAGCCAUUGAGGAAAAGCAUCCUCUGUGCGAUAAGAACAACUUGACUUCUCAGUCAGAACUAACGGGUAAUGGUGAGGAUAGCAGGGAAUUGACCAUGGAGGAAUUAUUGGAACAUCCACAGAAAUUCCGCUUUAAAUCCCUUUUGCUCUGGUGGAAAGAGAUCUUUGUAAUUGGACUGACAUCGAGUUUUGUCAUUAAUCUCUUCAUCAACAAUCGCCGACAAGUGAGACCGGAAAGGGAUGUUAUGAUUGUUGAACGUCUCGUAGAGACACCCUUUACCAAGCUCAAAGACAAUGAAGAUGAAACCCAGGAAGCUUUGGAUUUGACAAGAAAUCGCUCCCUAUCAGAAUCCAAUAAUCCGGAAAUUUUUACCUCACGGUUCCUCACAGACUUUGAGAUGCUUCAGUGCCUUGGACGAGGAGGUUUUGGGGUUGUCUUUGAGGCCAAAAACAAAAUUGAUCACUGUAAAUAUGCCAUCAAGAGAAUUGUUCUGCCAAGUAAGCAGGAAAGUCGUGAUCGUGUGAUGCGAGAAGUGAGAACAUUGGCCAAUUGUGAACAUCAGAAUAUUGUGAGAUAUUUCCAGGCUUGGGUGGAGACUCCCCCACCAGGCUGGCAGGAGAAUGAAGAUCGCAUCUGGAUGGCACGAGAAACUCUAUCAACGUCCAUUGACAUUGGCACCCCAACCGAAACUUCCCCGCCGCCAACGUACGGAGGAAGCGGGACGGAUACCGAUAGCAUCAAGAAAACCCCAUCGAAAAAGACCAAUCCUUGGAUCUUCAGGAUUAAUACGCAAGAUGGAGUUAACUUCAGCGAAGAGGAUUUUGGACCAAAAUCUCGUGAUAAAAUCGACGAUGAUUCCUCUUUUAUACAAUUCGAGAGUGACAGUGGAACAGGAGCAGAUAACUAUGCAGUAUUGACGAAGAGCAAAGGAGAAGUAGCCGAUGAGGAUGAUGAUGAUUCUUUCAUUGAGUUCCGCCACAAUGGCACUCUCGAUGGAUCAAGUGACAGAAAUAGUCCCAUUUUGCCCACACAUUUCACCAAUUCCAGCCAUACCGUGUCCAAAAACAGGAAUGACGAUCAGCCAUUUGGGAAAAUGACCAGGCCCCGGAAACGUCCCAUGUCACUGGAUCUUACAAGUCAGGGUGAUGUGGUUUUUGGUCCACCAACCACAACAAGGAUGUACCUUUACAUUCAGAUGCAACUGUGCCAAAAGCAGAGCCUGAAGGAAUGGCUGCAGAUGAAUAGCAAACAAGAGAGGCAGAACCAAGUCAUUCCGAUUUUUGACCAAAUUGUCCGAGCAGUCGAAUAUGUCCACGAAAAGGGUCUCAUUCAUCGUGAUCUCAAGCCCAGCAACAUUUUCUUCUCUUUGGACGGUCAGAUCAAAAUCGGAGAUUUUGGACUUGUGACUGAUAUGGCUGACAAUGCGUGUGAUGAGAAUGACCCAAGAAAAUCACCUCUGAUGCCCAAGAAAAAGACACACACUCAGAAAGUGGGCACACAUCUCUAUAUGUCCCCAGAACAGAUGGUGGGAAAGCCCUAUGACUACAAAGUGGACAUCUACUCACUGGGACUCAUACUAUUUGAGCUCCUUGUGACCUUUAGCACUGAGAUGGAACGCAUCAAGACACUGGAAGGGGUGCGAUCCAAUCAAUUCCCACCGGAUUUCUCUAAUCACUACACAAGUGAAUAUUCCCUGCUUCAACUGAUGCUCUCACAGGAACCCAGUGAACGUCCUACAACAUAUGGGAUCAGAGCUAGGCCACCUCUUCAGCAAACAGACAUCAAUCCGCUCUAUCACUUUGUACUACCGCCCAGAAGACUCGACAGUCGUGGAAGUACAGGAAGUUCCUCAGGCCUUAGCCGGGAAUCUGUCUGAAUCAUUCUUAUCUUUCUUUUUCACACUACUUAUUACUUUUUUUUUAAGAUGCACCCAUUCACUUUUAGGAACUUAAGAAACCUAAUAAAAUGAUAAGGAAAAAUACAAGAA